AACAACUUCGGCCUGUAGUGGUUUCUGGUCCAUCCGGAAGUGGUAAAUCUACGCUGUUAAAACGUCUUUUUCAAGACUAUCCGAAUGGAUUCGGAUUUAGCGUAUCACGUGAGUUAAUUCUGGAGAAGAUAUCUGCGCUCUUGUUUGUUAUAAUAACAUCUUUGUUUAUACCGCCAGAUACCACACGCUUACCUCGUCCUAAUGAACAAAAUGGUGUCCACUAUCACUUUGUAUCACGUGAAGAAUUUGAAAGACUUAUCGCUCAAAAUAAAUUUAUAGAAUACACUGAAUUUUCGACUAAUUUAUAUGGGACAAGCAUCGCUGCUGUGCAUGCUGUCGCAAAUGAAGGAAAAUGUUGCAUUCUCGACAUCGAAUUGCAGGGUGUUAAAUCUGUAAAAAAAACAGAUCUUAAUGCACGUUUCCUAUUCGUCGCACCACCAUCACUCCAAGUCCUCGAAGAACGUUUACGUAAUCGCGGCACUGAAUCUGAAGAUGCGAUACAAGCACGCCUUAAAGCUGCGAAAGAAGAAUUGGCUUACGCUGCGGAAGAAGACUCUCAUGAUAUAGUUAUUGUAAAUGAUGAUUUAGACACAGCAUAUGAACAGUUUCGCAAAUUCAUUGUUGACUGCAAAUGA